AUGUCCGCAGGUGCUCCUCCCUCCUCGCUCGAUCUCCGCUCCUCUCGACUCGUCGCCCCUUCGGCUCCUGUUGCGAUGCCGAGCUCACCUCCGGCCCCACCCGCGGCGGCGGAGGAUGAGAAGCGUCCCUCGCCGCCGAUGAAGGUGAAGCUGCUUUUUCCGUACGCCGUGUCCUGCGUGUUCGGCGGCAUGGGCCGCGCCUGGGGCAUGGCUAUGGUCGGGCUCCACAUUAUGAUCUGCAUCGUCAAGGUCAUCUCCUUCACUACUGACCCCGAGGAGGCCCGCCUCUGGAUACCGAUCUUCCGCGUCUGGGUGUACCUCUGCAUCGCCGCCACGGUGGUCAUGACGUGCGUGUGCAUCGUCUACUACAUGCCCGUGUAUGGGGUGUACGCCAUGAGGUACGAUCCGCCGCCGCCGCAGCCGGCAGCGGCAGCGGCGGUGCAGCUCCCACCUCCCCCUCCAGAGAUGGACAUGUGCUAG